GAUUAAAACUUAGACGUCAAAUUCACUUAGCAUAUUGUAUCGUUCUUGAUAUCAAUGGUUUACAAUGGGAUCCGUUUUGUCUUGGAUUACUGGACCACAAAAAGAUCCCCGAACACCAGUAGUUGGUUUUGCACCAAGAAUUAAGAAUAUUUUUAGAGUUCAUUUUAGAGGACUACUGGGUGUCUUAGUUCCUCUUUUGCUCUUGACAUGGCAGCCGUCAAAAGGAAGACAUGAUAUUACAGUGAGAUGUAUCUGGAUUUUGAUGUUUUGGUUUAUGCUAAUGCAACCAAUGGCAGCUCCUGCUGCCGGUUUCAUACCUUUAUUUAUGUUACCCAUGUUCGGAGUACUUGAUACAGUGAAAGUGGCAGGAAGCUAUUUUAAUGAUAGUAUUUGUUUAUUUGUUGUUGCCGGAAUGCUGCAAAUGUUAUUGAAUUCCUCCGGCUUUGAUCGUCGAAUUAUAUUAUGGCUGUUAUGUUCUGGAGACAACUGUCAAUUUGCAGGAAAAAGACUCAUAUUUAAAGCUUGCACGGCGGCAUUUUUUCUUUCCAUGUUUUCUAACAGACUAAUUACGUCAUCAACUAUAAUUCAAUUUUUGACGCCAGCUUUAACGAAUUUGCAGUCUUUGACUUCAAAAAAUAGAAAAGAAGAGCCAAACUACGAUGAAAUGAGAUUUAUUAUCCUAAACGCUGUUCAAACUUCUGCAUCAAUAGGAAGCAUCACCAUCAUCCAUGCAGCUUUGACCCCUAUAGCUAUGAGAGCCAUUUGGUCUUCAAAUGUGGGUGGGAGCGAGGAGUAUGCAGAUAUUUUUAACUAUUUGGGAUAUACAUGUUUUGCCUUUCCUGUGGCAUUUCUUAUGUUCAUUUUCAACUUUUUGUACCACAUGAUGCUUAUUAAUUGUGUAAUUGGUAAAGCGAUGAGUGCAAACAGCAUGACAGAAAUGAGAAAUUUUCUAGUAAAACAACAAAAUGCCUUGCCACCCAGAAGCUGUUUUGAAAUGGAAACUGUAUUUUUUUACCUAUUUUUUUUGGUGGUAUGUUUAUUUCGAUGGAGUGAAUGGUUAAACAUCGGUUGGGCGACUUACAAUAGCGACAUGCCUGGAGCACCAAAGAUCAAAGAUGCUACCGUUGCUUGUUUGUUUUUGGUGGCCCUUAGCAUUUUGCCGCGAUCGCAUAACAUUUUAAAAUACAUAAAUGCUCAAAAAAAAUCUGACUUAGGUAAUGUAAAGCCCGAGUCUGCUAUUUUGUGGUGGAAGUUUGUCGACAAAAAUACAUACUAUGGCUACAUUAUACUAUUGGGUGGUGGUGUGGCAUUAAACACAGCAAUUAAAACGACCGAUCUUACAAAAGCAGUGACUUCGGACUACGGCACAUUUAUAACAAAUAAAUCAUGGAACACUUCAAUUUUUAUUGUCUGCUUGAUAUCAGUUUUACUAGCGAACAUUAUGACUGGCAUAGCUGCUUGUUGCACAUUUUUGCCGUUUGUAUUAAAUAUGGCAGGAGAAGGUGUAUCAGAAGUAUGGAAAAAACGAUUGUAUCUGGGGACAUUAGGGGUUGGCAUUGGAACAUCAUUUGGUUUUGUUAGCCCAUUCUAUUUCACUCCCGCAUAUUUUUGCCAUCAUACAGGGAAGGUACCUCUGAAGAAAAUGGUGAAAUAUGGGAUUGGCAGUGCUAUUAUUUGCCUGAUUAUUUUAUGGCUUGCUUUGUGCUUUUACGCUCCAAUUAUUUUUGAUCCGGAAGAUAAAGGCAUACCCGUUUUCACAAUUGGAACGCAACAAACAACUGAAACCUAGUCCGUAAUCCGAUCCGAUGAAUAGAUCUUGAAUUUAAUAUAAGAUAUAUUUAAUUACUUACCCAAUAUGAUAUUUAGUUGCUUAGAAGUUAAAAGCCCUUAGUUUUGUGAAAAUAAUAUUGUCUAAUAGGAUUAUUUGAAAAUAAUAAACUGUUUUUGUUAACCAUUUUAUAUGGA